CACACACACACACCCCAGCUUCCUUCCUGUGUUUAUGUCAUGGGCUUAAUGACACUGUGAAUCCCAUGGAAGGAGGAUGUCCUUCUCCCUGUCUCUGUCAGAUCCCCUUGAUUAUUUACUAUCUGACUUAUAGAAACACAAGCUAUAUGACUACUAUAUAUUGAAACAGAAAUCACAAUUUAGCAUUACACGCCACAAAUAACUCAGAUUAUAGUCACCUGUCAAAACCUGUUUAUAAUCCACAUGGAAUUUCAGCUGAGAGUGGGAGACUGUGAGGGAAAAGGAUUACUCUGCAACACACACACACACACUUUUUCAUAGAAUAAAUAGAGAUACACUGUAUGUGAAAGAUAUAAUAAGUGCUGAAACUUUAGUCUGUUCACUGGUUCAUCAACCGACAAAACACGCCAGCUGAUCACUUGAGUCAUUUAUCAAGAAAAUUGUCAGUUGCUGGUUACAUUUUCCCAAAUGUGAGGAUUUACUCAUUUUAUCUUUUUUAUAUUAGUACCAUACAUUUCCUGUUUUGGAUUUAUAGAGUUUAUGGAGCAAUCAUUUAAAUAAUAAUCUACAGAGUAAUUGACAAUAAAAAUAACCACUAGUUGCAGCCCUAUGAAUAAAAUGAAACCAACACCCAUAGCCUAUAGCCAUAGGCCUAUGUGAAUGUGAAAUGAUAGUAUUGCUUUAUAUAAAGUUUAAAAACUAUGUUAAAACUAGGCCUAGUAUGCUAGUUUAACAUGCACGUUAACCUUGAAAUCAGGUUAACUUUUGAAUGUAGCCUAUAUAAAAGGUGAAAAUAACCUGCGUUCACCUUUCUAAAAAACAGAAGUUUGACAGAGACAGGGUUUUGCAGGACUUGUUCCAGUCGCUACAUCCCGCAGGUGUAGGCUAUAGCUACAUUGUUGGCAACUCAUUUCCGAAAUAUCAGCAUAACGAUUACUGUACGACCACCUCUGUGUGAAAACAUCACAGCAGAAGGAAGGGAAGUUCACAUACAAGCAGUGGAGGUUUGACGGCAGCCCACCCUCUUAAACUGCAGCAGCUCUCUCUGUCCUCCAGAGGCGAUGCUGGAGUUUGGAGAGACGAGGGGACGGUGCUGAGCGCAGCUACUGUGUCAUGCCGCGCAUAGGCUUACAAUAGGGACAAAGUUUCGACAUUUGGCAUUAACCUUCUGUUUCUGUUUUCACCACUCUCCGACAACAUGGAGUACUGGAGGCAGUGUGCGAUGUGGCUGAUCAGCUGCAAAGUGCUGCCCCCGAACCACCGGGUAACUGCGGACACGACGCAGGUGUUCGACCUGGCGCAAACCCUGCGGGACGGGGUGCUGCUGUGCCAGCUGCUUAACAACUUGAGACCUCACACUAUUAACCUGAAGGAGAUCAACCUCAGGCCACAGAUGUCACAGUUCCUGUGCUUAAAGAACAUCCGCACAUUCCUGACGUCUUGCUGUGAGGUGUUUGGGAUGAAGAAAAGUGACUUAUUUGAAGCCUUCGAUCUCUUCGAUGUUCGAGACUUUGGAAAGGUUAUGGACACUCUGUCCAAGCUCUCCUACACAGCAGUUGCACAGCAAAGUGGAUUCAAGCCAUUUCCAACAGAGGAGAGUCUACAAGACGAGGACAUUUACAAUAAUCUGGAAGACUUGAUUGAUGAGAAUGCCAUCGAGGAUGAGGACGACUUGUAUGCAGCGGUCUACGGGCUGGAAGAAGACUACGCAGGUGGAGAGAUCUAUGAAGACCUAAUGAGGACUGAGCAGCAACCCCCAUUGAAGCAGGCAGAGGUGGAUGUCCGUAGCUGCUGCCUCACAGAGAUCAAACAGACCGAGGAGAAAUACACAGAGACCCUGGAGUCUAUCGAGAAGUAUUUCCUGAAUCCUCUGAGGAAGUUUUUCUCUGCAGCAGAAAUUGACAAAGUUUUUGUCAACAUUCCAGACCUGGUUAAAGUUCACAAGAGCCUGAUGGUCGAUGUGCAGGACUCCAUCUUAAACAAAAAUGCCUUAAAUCUCUACCAGAUUUUUAUCAGCUACAAAGAGAGACUGCUCAUAUAUGGGCUAUACUGCAGUCGGGUGGAGAUCGCCAUUGCUGUUUUAGAUCUCAUUUGCAAAGAGAAAGAGGAUGUUCGCUUAAAGCUGGAGGAGUGCUCAAAGAGAGCCAACAAUGGGAAGUUUACACUGAGGGACUUGCUGGUUGUCCCAAUGCAGAGAGUCCUCAAGUACCAUCUACUUCUACAGGAACUAGUCAAACACACUCCCGAUGCUGCUGACAAGAGCAACUUGAAGAUUGCUCUUGAUGCCAUGAAAGACCUGGCUCAGUUUGUCAACGAGGUGAAGAGAGAUAAUGAGACAAUAAGGGAGAUCGACCAGUACCAGAGGUCUAUUGAAAACCUGAAUCAGAAUCUAAUCAGCUAUGGUCGACCAAAAGGUGACGGUGAAGUGCGUAUGAUCUCCAGUGUUGACAAGAGGAAACAGGACAGACACAUCUUUCUAUUUGAUGUGGCUGUCAUUGUUUGUAAGAGAAGAGGAGACAACUAUGAGAUGAAGGACAUACUCGAUCUCAACUACUUCAAGAUCACAAACAACCCCACCACGGACAGAGAGGGUAAAAAGUGGUGCUAUGGAUUCUAUGUGACUCACCAGCAGGGGCACACAGGCUUUGAAUUUUUCUUUAAGACCAGAGAGCUGAAGAAGAAGUGGCUGGAUCAGUUUGAAAUGGCCAUAUCAAAUAUUCGACCAGAGAAAGCCAACCACAACAGCCACCAGUUCAAGCUGCACACAUUUGAAAGGAUCACUUCCUGUGCUUUCUGUCACCUCUUGCUCAGGGGCAUCUUUAACCAGGGUUAUCUCUGUCUUAAAUGUGGGCUGGGGGCUCAUAAGGAGUGUCUUGGUCGACUGGGAAUCUGUGGGAGAACAGAUUCUGCCAAGCCGAAGCCUAAGGAAAGCACAACACCACCAGACCCAGGUUUACCCAGGAUGGUUGUGAUCAGAGACUACAGUGGCAUCCCCUGUCCCCAGUGUGGCCCCCCCCUAAGCAUUCAUGCGGGUGAUGUCAUUGAACUGAUGUUUGCCGAUCUGCACAGCUCUUGGUGGCAGGGGAAAAUUCUGGCAACAAGCAAGAUUGGCUUCUUUCCAAGUGACGCUGUGAGGCCUUGCCCAUGUGUUCCAAAACCUGUCGAUUACUCUGCCCAACUCUGGUUUGCAGGGCCUAUGGAGAGACACCAGGCUGAGGUGGAGCUUCUGGACCGAGGAAGCAGCACCUAUCUGGUUCGACACAGGAGUAAAGAGUGCACUGAAUAUGCCAUUAGCAUAAAGUUCAAUGAUAAAGUCAAGCACAUUAAGAUUCUGACCAAGGAUGGCUGCUUUUACAUCGCUGAGAGUCGCCUUUUCAAGACUGUACUGGACUUGGUGGAAUACUACAAGCAGCACUCUCUGAAGGAGGGUUUCAGCAGUCUUGACACCACUCUGCAGGUCCCCUAUAGGGAACUGUCCAAUGGAAACAUGCCCAAUGCCAUUACCAAGGCUGGCAGUGUUCCUCUUGGCGGCUGCAGCUUUGUUCCUCCUUCCUCCUCGCCUUUCUGGUCAGUGUUUUCUCCCAGGGUGGUGGGUAUUGCAGUGGCACGCUAUGACUUCUGUUCCAGAGACACACGGGAGCUCUCCCUGCUGCAGGGAGACAUUAUCAAGAUCUAUACCAAGAUGUCCAAUGGGUGGUGGAAGGGAGAGGUCGAUGGCAGGAUGGGCUGGUUCCCCUCUACCUACGUGGAAGAGGAGGACUGAAUUUCCGGGAUGAAUGACAUCUAUUCGACGUUUGUUCAAAGCUGACCACCUCCAGCGAGCGCCAUGCUGCUCAGUCACUCUCUGUGCCCUGCAAGUAAGAUCUCUUUGAUAAAACCCAGAGUCUCGGACUAAAGAGGAAGUGGUGGUGCCCUCAAAAACCUUACCCUGCCCUCUGACAGACUCUCACACAGAGCAGAUGUCAAAUCACAGAUUCCAGGAGUGUCACGCCAUAUCUCGCCUCUCUGCGGCCCUGUCUGCCCACGCGGCCCACUGGGAAGUUCAUGUGCUGUACCCAGAUAACUCUCCCUCCUCCCUUCCUGCUCACCUUGUCUUAUUAUUGAUGACUCCAUUGGCUGGUGCGAGACUUGCCUUCACUGUCAUCAUGUUUCAAUACCAGGAAGGCUCAGGCACCCAACUGGAACACAGAUCCUGCUGACAGCGCACCGCCCAGGUACCGCACCAAAUUGAAAUGCAGGAUCUUAGGGGCUUUGACUGUUGUUGUAACACUAUUGCCCUCUUGACUAUUCAGACUUUUGUGUUUAACUUUCUUGUCCAAGACUUUUAUUUUUUAACAGUUAAACCACUGGACUAAUAUAAACUAUGUGAUAUUUAAAUGCAAUUGCUGAAUUGUGAUUUGAUGCAGUUUGAAAAAAGGAUGGAAAGAUUUCAGUGCCACAGCGUGAAGGAUUGAUCUGUCAUGCACAUGUGGUGUGUUUGCCAUCUUAAUGACUAUUAGUAUUGUGGAGCCAAGGGUAAUUUGGUCAUAUCAUUACAGGACAGCUGCACGUCUGGGGACAAAGUGAUAAUUAAUAAUGUUGUCGUGGAAGGUGUUUAAAUACACCAGUGAUAAAGCUAUGUCUUGAAGCUUGGAUUUCUAUUCUGUUUUAAUUUAUUUGUUGUCAUUGUUUAGUUGAAUAACUACCUCAACUUUAAGAAGUAUCUUCAUGAGACAUUUGAUUGAUGUCAAAAUUUAAAAAGUAGUUUACUUCAAAUUCAGAUCACGUGUGUGAAUAUUUUUUACAAGUUCAAAUUGUCACAUACAAGUUCAGAUUUUUUUGUUCUGCAAGUUCUCACAUUGUAUUCUACAAGCUCUCACCUUUUGCACCACAUUUACCUUCAUAGGAAACCUCCCUGCCCGUGUGCACAUCAAGCGUGUAAAGAGAACAAAUGCUCUGUGAAGAGAAAGUACUGACAGUUGCUGAUUCUGACGACAGAGAGAAUAUUGGCGUCAUUGGGCAAACAUUCCACAAUACCCUUUCAGCAUAUUGUAAUUCAAGUGGUCUGAGAGAAAAAUAGACUUUCACCCUUUUGGCUCUGUUUUCAGGCUUUAGAAAAUCUAGCCCGUGACUUGGCAUGAAUAUGCAUUUUUCCCAAAUUAUCGAAUAUAGUGAAUCAUCAAAAGGAAGAAGGAACACACACAUAAAUAAUAUUUCAUUUUGUUCCCAUUCAAUGGCACUAAAGGGAAAAAAGAAUGCCCAGUUCUUAUGUUUGGCUUCAUACACGUGAAAUCAUCAAAUAGACAAAGAAAAAGAAUUACAAAGCCAAAUAAGUUUUAAAAGGCCAUGUGUGUGGGCUAGAUUGUGUAAUUGGAGGGAUAGGUAUUCACUACGAGCUACUUUUGAUCAUUCUCUGUUUCACAGAUUUUGUGUUUACCUCAACUCUUUUUGGAGUGAAAAUUAAUGAUUCAAUGGUGAUGUAACACCUGUUCACUGUAGUGCAAAGUAGCACAAGAACGUUGAGUGAUGCUGUUUUUCUUCAAACGUUAACACCCCCCUAGCCAUGUGUGUGACAUCAAUAUUUAAUAAAAGCAUACUCUUUGAAUUGUACCGUUGAAAUUUGAUAGGCUAUUCUUCCCUCUUCAGACAAAUGUGGGCUUUGUGGUUGCAUCACAAAUCAUAGCUGUGUCUGACAUAGUUAUGGAGGCGCAGUGGAAAACUGGCAGUGCUCAAAUUAUGGCUAAACAAACAGAACAGAAAAGAGAGACACCAGAAAACAGUUGUGGAACGGGAACAUGUAAGCUUAGCGAAGUUCUAAGUUUUCUAUCUAAAUUUGCAUCACUGAAAUUGAAAACAACCUCAAGCCCCUUUCACCAGGGGCAAGUUAACAUUUGUUGCUUUAUAAACACAUUUCAUGGCUCAUUGGCAUGUUUAAAAGAACGAAAAGUAUUGACUGUAUCCAAAUAAGUUCUUUAUUUACAUACAUGAAUGUGGUAAAUAUACAAACAGGUUUGUAUAUUUACGUGUUUUGGGAGAGAAUAUCAUGGUUUACACCAUUGCUUCCAGCAAUAAUACUUUAUUAUGCUAUUUUGUAAUUGAUAAGUUUUGGAAAAGUUUGUUGGAAAACCGCUUUGGAUCCUUUGAACUUUUAGUAUGCAGUUAGUUAUUGUCAAAUCAUGUCUGUAACAUAUGCCUGUACUGGGUUUUGGCAUAUUUUUCUGCAGUGUUCUGAUGCUCUCAACCUAUUACGCUGAGCCUGUGUUUGUCAGUUGAUGUGCUCUGUCUACGGUUUUAUACACAUUCAUUUUGACAAUGCAUUUAUACGCCACUUUCUCACAAUAUCAGUAUUCUGGUAAUGUAAACUCCCUCAGGCUUACUUUCCCCCUACUGCUCUGCAGUCUCUCUUAUGACCAAACUCCGCAGAGGGAGAGCUCUGCUGCACUAACAGUAACCCUCCCGUCACAAAGAGGCAGAAAGAAUGGCUCCCCUAAUACUCUUCUGCUCCUUAAUCUGCCUGUUCCUGUCUUAGCCAGAUAGAUAAAAGGCGACGACGGAGAAGUUGGACAGCAGCCAGAGAGAGAGAGAGAAAUGGGUGUACAAGGUUGCAUGGAGUAGAUAACGUGCAGGGAGAACGGGGAUGGUGUUUAGGGGAAUGUGUGUGCAUCUGAGAGAGGGACAAAAGGCAGACAGAGAGAGCAAAGGAAGCCAUGCAUCAUCUUCAUCUGUCUGAAUGAUCUCCUUAACCCCCAGUCUUUGCCAGUCAGCCCCUCUGGAUCUCUAUAUGGGGGUUAAACAGGGAUUUAGCUAAAGCUGAAGCUGCCCUCAAAUACGGAGAGCUCUCAGUUCCUCUCAAAAGGCCUCAACUCUCCAAAAGACUUUAUCUGUAAGAUUUAUAUUCAACUGCUGACUUGUGACCGUCAACCCCCUUACAAAAUCAUACAACUACAAUACAGAGUUUUUCUGUAUUCAGACAAGGUACAUAAAACCUGCCAUGCACGAGAAAAGAGGAAUGUAGAAAAGUAUGUCUUGUUGCAAAACUCAGAGAAGCUGUUGUAGCUGACAUUUACUAUGCAAUGUCCACAUGAUGCAAUAAAAUUGGGAUUUGACUUUAUGAAGGGAGACUCAACCAAAUACUACUUCUAUGCUAUUAUCUAUACCAAUAAUAAAAAAUCCUAUUGAUUAAAA